AUGUCCGAGUCAACUCUCGUCGGAACCAGGUCCGGACAGGGUUCCAACAACACAAACGCGACGCUUGGAGGUGAUGUCCCAGGGCUCUCCGAAACAUUACAGGGACAUGUCGACGAUAUCCGCGCGCUCUUACAAUGUGGCAUUUGCAUAAGGCCACUGUACGAACCCUUCACCCUUGCCUGUGGACACUCAUUUUGCUAUAGUUGUUUAACGUCAUGGUUUGCUGGCGGGAGAUCCAAUAAAACAUGCCCCGACUGCCGAGCUCCGGUCAAAACACCACCUGCCCCUGCAUACUUGAUCCGUGCUGUUGUCCAACUAUUCACGAGUCGUGCAGAGCUUUUAGAAAAGGGAGAGACGACGGCCGAGCAUACGCGCCAUCAACGUGAGGAAGCUGAAAAGUUGGAAAACGAUAAGAAGAACACACAUCCCAAAGUGGGCGGAUUAUUCCGCGGCGCAUUCAACAAAAAACUCCCCGUCGCGCAGCCCAUCGUUGACCUGGAGGAUAAUGUCAUUCGCUGCCCGCGCUGUUCAUGGGAAUUGGAAGACUCAAAUUGCGCACAGUGUGGAUACCGACGAGAUGAAUGGGCUAUUACAGGUACAUCAGACGUAUCAGAUGCAUCAGAUGCAUCAGAUUCAACCGAUUCACGUUCAACCGUUUCAAUUUUAACCGAUUCAGAGGAGAAUUCUGAGAUGACGGACUACUUGGAUGACGAACUCGAAGAUGGAUUCGGCGAAUUAGACGAUUUCAAUUGGAACGGUUUCCAGAAUGGGGUUCCUAUUCAGGGGAGAGUUGAAGUUAUUCCCCGUCAUUUAUACAACAUAAUUCGCGAUUAUCAUCAGCACCAUCCGCCACACCGCCAUGUCUUUGCGCACAAUGGCCACAUCGAUGACACGUCUUCAACUGCUCAUGACACCGAAGAGACUGACGACUACUCGGAAGACACAGACAUGGACUCGUUUAUUGAUGACGAUGAACAUAUCGACCAGGAUCACGAUUCAGACUCGGACAGAUCUACGGUAGUUGGAGGUCCUGAAACGCGAUACUUGCCAGAUCAAUAUCAAGUCCAGUUGAGCUCAGAGAUGACCAUGCCUCUGGCCGACGACUGUACCGAUGAUGAUCUGAGUAGCUUAGACGAGAUCCCAGAUAGCGAAGAGGAUGACGAGGAUGACGAGGAUGAAGAUGAUGAGCCUAUCCGCCCUCCCGUAAGUGGAAAUCGGCGCCGCGUAUUCCCAGCCUCUAAUGGGGCUUCAAACUCGCCUGUCCUCUCGAGUCGAGCUCCGCGAGCUCCGAACGUGGAUCCCUACGCGAUGCGCCGGCAGGCAUCACGUAGUCAAACUACAAACACGGCAGGAACUUCCGCCUCGAAUGCAAUAACUCUAGACGAUGAUUCUGACGAAGGCCCAGUUCGACCGUUCCGAAGGAAUUGUCGGCAUGGCGCUCGUUAA